GUUUACUCAUCUGGUCUCUCUCUAGUCUGGCAUCGUUUCGAAGAAACCGAGAGACGCAAAAAUAAAUUGGGAGGAUUAUCAAAUUCAAAUUCAAAAAAAAAAAAAAUCAUCGCUCCGAUCAAAUUCUUCGUCGGAAUAAUCUCAGGGAGGAAUUGCGCUGGGAAGUGGCAAUUACUGUUUUUUUUUUUAAUGUCGAGUAGCUCGGGUAGUUUCUCGGGAAGCAGUAGCUCGGCAUGUAGUUCUAGAAGUGAUUGUGAGAACUCGUUUGAUGUUGAAGAGCUUCUGCAGAUUGGGACACGACGCAGGGAGCUAAGGAAAGAGAAGGACAUGCUGAGAGAAUCGCAGCCUCGUAGUAUCGAAUUAGUCAGAAGGUUGGAGCUCCGCACAAAGUCAUUAUCGGAAUCUCGCUUAGAAGACACUGCAAGAAUUCAGACCAUGGAGAAAGAGUUGUUGAAUUGCUAUAAAGAAAUUGAUUACUUGCGAGAUCAGCUCAUUUUCAGAAGCAAGGAAGUGAACUAUCUCAAUGACCAUCUGCACGAUCUUGAAUUCAAAUUAGCUGAAUCAAGGAAUUUGGAAGAAGAAGUUAAUUGUUUGAGAGAGGACUUGUGCAUGUCUAAAUCCGAACAUCUUUUGUUGUUACAAGAACUCGAGAACAAAGAAUCAGAUUUACAGAGUUCGUCUCUUUCCAUAGAGAAACUGGAGGAGGCCAUCUCAUCCUUAACAUUAGAGUCCUUGUGCGAAAUAGAAAGCAUGAAGCUUGACAUUACAACGUUGGAGCAAGCACUUGUUGAUGCAAUGCAAAUUCAAGAAGAAAGUAUCCAAGAAAAAGAUCAAUUAAAAGGAAUAAUUGAGGAGUUCCAGUUGCAGUCUCAGAGGGCACAAGAGAAUGUCAAGUACUUUGAGAAGCAAAAUGAAGAGCUGAGCGAAAAAUUUACCGCCUCUGAAAAGAGUAUCAUAGAUUUCUUUCAAAGUACCAAAGAACGGUUAGAAAGUGAAGAUAAACAGCCUCUAGAUGCAGGGUGCUUCUUCGCUGAAUUGAGCCAUGUGCUUCCUGUAUCCAAUGAAGUUCGCAAAAGCUUCGAUGCAAUCAUCAAGAAACUGGAACUUCCUCGAAAUGUGAAUUUAAUUGAUAAAAUGGAGGGUAUGGCGAAACAGACACAGCAGCACGAAGAUAUUGUGAAGCAACUGAAAGAAGAAUUGAAACAGGAGAAACUGAAGGCGAAGGACGAAGCAGAAGAUCUUACGCAAGAAAUGGCUGAAUUAAGGUAUAAGAUGACAUGUUUGCUUGAUGAGGAACGCAAACGCCGUGUGUGCAUAGAACAAGCAUCAUUACAGAGAAUAGCCGAGCUAGAAGCACAGAUCAAGAGAGAGACAAACAAGACCUCUUCAACUAUGAUGCUUUCUCUUCCUGGGAUAUGAAAAAAGUCUUGAGCUUUGAUGUUUAGCUUUAUUACACCAUUCCACCUUUAUCUUCACAUUUUCUGAGUCUCAUCCAUUAUCUUUGGAUGGAUGGAUGCGCAUUUGGCUGGUGAUCUGUAUACACAUGAAAUGGCAGGAUGGUCAGAGAAAGUCAGAGGUUUGAAGUGUCUAGAGACGCACAAACAAAAGAUGUUUGGGUUAAGAAGAAGAAAGAAUAAUAGCUUUAGAGAUUGUUGUUAAUUUAUUUGAUUAUUUCCAUUCGAGUGUAUAUAAUUGCAUGGAACAUAGAAAUAAAGGCGUUCGAAAGUAUUAUUAUGAUACAAAUAAACCGCAGCUCGUUAAGAAGUUUGAGCUAGAUUCCAAGUC